AUGCAGCGCUCAACAUUCCUCAUCCUCUCGCUCUUGAGCGCCUGUGUCUUCUGCUGGCCCUACGACGAAUCGCUCGUCGAUUAUAACCUCAACGAGAACAAAACUGCCGAGGGUCCAAUCGACUACUGGGGAGAAUGGCCGGACCACAAGUACCACCCGUCGCCAGACAACUGGCGGCUGCCCACGUAUACAAUCUUCCUGGAUCGCAUAUCAAACGGGGAUCCUCUAAAUGAUAAUAUCAAUGGAACGGAGUUCGAGCAAGUGCUGCACUCUAAUCAGAUGCGUCACGGGGGCGACCUGGAUGGCCUGGUGGACACGUUGGAUUAUAUACAGGGCAUGGGAUUUAAGGUCAUCUACUUCGCAGGGACGUAUUUAAUGAAUCUCCCAUGGGCCUACGACGGGUACUCGCCGGUUGACACAACGCUCCUGGACAUGCACCAUGGCACACUGGAAGACUGGCGGCGGACAAUCGCGGAAAUCCACGACAGGGGCAUGUAUGUGGUGGUCGACAAUACUAUUUCAACAAUGAGCAACCUCGUCGGGUUCAAGGGCUACCUGAACGCUUCGGCCGAUUUCCGCCCGCAGGAAUACGAAGUCCAGUGGGUUACUGAUAGACAAUAUGCCGACUUCAGCUUUGGCAACGAUUACAAUGAAUCAUGCAACUAUCCCCGAUUUUGGGAGGAGGAGGGCUUUCCGCUCACAGACCAAGGUGUCGAGCAGCUGAAUGGCUGCUACAACAGCGACUUUGAUCAGUACGGCGAGUUGGAAGCAUUUGGAAACUUCCCCGACUGGCAGCGCCAGCUCACCAAGUUUGCAUCGGUGCAGGACCGCCUGCGUGAAUGGCAUAAGCCGGUUCGUGAUGUGCUCACCCGACACUCCUGCAUUCAGAUCGCGAGUCUCGAUAUCGACGGCUUCCGGUUUGAUAAGAGUGUUCAGGCAACCCUCGAGCCCCUGAGCGAGAUGAUAGCAGAGUACCGCGAGUGCGCGAAGAAGUACGGCAAGCACAAUUUCUUCCUCCCCGGCGAGAUCACGUCUGGCGAUACCUUUGGCAGUCUCUAUCUCGGUCGCGGGCGUCAACCGGAUCAACGUCCAGACUCUGCAAUCGAGGGUGCCAAGUUGAAAAAUACUUCGGAUUCGCAUUUCCUCAGAGACGAUCGCUUGCAGGCAUUGGAUGCGUCUGCCUUUCACUACACGAUAUACCGGUCUAUGACGCGGUUCUUGGGGAUGGACGGUAACCUCGUUGCCGGACAUGAUCUGCCCACUGACUUCAUUGAGGCGUGGAACGAGAUGCUGAAGACGAAUGACUUUAUAAACGCAUUCACCGGGGAGCUGGAUCCCCGGCAUAUGUACGGGGUUUCUAACCAGGACAACUUUCGUUGGCCAGCCGUGGAGAAUGGCACAGAGAGAUACCUGUUGGGUCUGUAUAUUAUCUCGCUGGAGCUGCCAGGGGUCCCUCUCAUCCUGUGGGGUGAAGAGCAGGCAAUGUACGUGUUUGAUGCCACUGCGGAUAACUACAUGUUCGGUCGACAGCCCAUGACGUCUCAGACGGCCUGGUGGACAAAUGGCUGCUUCAAUCUUGAGACAGAAAAGUUCUACGACUUCCCAGUGGAAAAGGGACGAGUUGGCUGCAACGAUAUCAGCAUCACGUACGACCAGCGGAAUCCAGCCCAUCCCCUGAGGAACAUUAUGAAGCGAAUGUUCGAGAUCCGAGACCACUACCCGGUAGCCCAGGAUGGCCUGUAUCUGCAGACCCUCUCACAGCUGACAGAGGAUAUCUAUCUUCCUGGUUCGUCAGACACCCCGACUGUCACCGGUCUGUGGUCCGUAUUGCGAGGCUAUUUCCCCGAAGUCCAAAAGGAGGCCAGCCAGGGGAAUGAGACGAUGUGGCUUGUGUAUCAAAAUGGAAACAAAACAAAAACAUAUGGCGGCGACUGCAGCGACGAGAAGAAGGCUUUGUUGGCCCCGUUCAAGUCAGGCAGCAAGCUCAGGAACGUGUUCUAUCCAUAUGACGAUCUCACCGUCGAAGAUGGUCCAAACAAUGAGUACGGAUGCGUCAAGGAAAUGAAGAUGCUUCCAUGGGAGUAUCGAGCCUAUGUCAAGGCCAGUGACUUUAUCGAGGCCGGUCCUACAGUCACUGAGUUCCGCCCUGGACAUGAUGCUCGCAUAUUUUCCAGUGCAGAAGACUCGGGUGAAAGCAUCCCCAUUCAGCUCGGGUAUUCCAAAAAUAUGACCUGCGAUAGCAUCACCAAGGCCGUCGUCCUAGACUCCAAGACAGAGAAAGGUGUCAACGCUACGCUGGACACGUCGAGCGUCAAGUGCACCGAAGUCGAUGCCCGGACGACGAACAGCAAAUAUGUAGGAGAAAUCCCGACAGUGUGGACUUGGUCUGCAACAUUAAACAAUCUCCAUCAUGGAAUCCAUCAGCUCACAGUCAAGAAUGUCUCUUCGUCUGCUGGUUUCACGAAUUCGACCGACAAGUUCCUGCUGCGCGUUGGCACUCACGAGAACCCGCUGGUAACCACCUUCGCCAACUACUCCUCCAGCCUGGUGCACGAAUCCGGUGACAAUUAUUACGUCCAGCACAAGGCUGCAGGGGCUGACCAGUUCCGGUACACGGCUGACUUUGGUCGAACCUGGUCCAAGUGGGAGACUUACGAGGGAGGCAACACGACUGUCAAUACCGAGGGCACGAAGGGCCAGUGGCCAGGAACGCAUGUCCGCGUGCAAUACUUCUCCAGAUUGACGGGCAGCAGCAGUUAUGUCCAGGAGGGUGACUAUGGCUGGGAGGAUAAUGCAGCUCGCCGAUUCCCUCACCUGUAUUUCAACGGUCCAUACAACCAGUAUGGAUACGACGGUGGAUUGGACAACGAGGCGGCCUAUGAUACUAAGACAGCUCGCUGGCUGUACGACUUUGUCUACGAGUGGCCGGCCAUAGGACAGCUCAACGUCUGGGGGAAGGGCGAGGACGGCACGCCCGAUACCACAGAGGUCUUGGGCGAUGUUGGCAACACGUCUGUCGUGCAGAAGCUGCCUCCGUCGUAUCUCUCGUCCAAUGUCAUCAACAUCACCAGGCUGCCUCCGUUUCCGCAUCUCGGGUGGACGAUUUCUCUCAACGAUGCCAAUCUGAACUACAAGCUGGUCCCUGUUGGAUCUGCAUGGGCUCAGCUCGCCCUUUUCAUCCUCCUCUGGGUUGUUCCGAUUCUUAUGGGCAUAGCUGGCGUCUUUAUCUUCAUCCGCAGCUUCUACCGAGUCCAGCUCAACAAAGACGGUAACAACACGAUCAGUGAUAAGGCGCCAUUGGUAUUCUACCGUCGGCUGAGGGAGAAGAUUGGUGCCAGUACCUCGCAGAUCAACCUGGCAGAAAACGCCAACUCAGCCGACGUAGCUGCUGCUGGGGCUGCUGGGGCUGCCUCGCAGCGGCGCACAGUACUGAUUGCCACCAUGGAAUAUGACAUCUCGGACUGGAAGAUAAAAGUGAAGAUCGGUGGCUUGGGAGUGAUGGCACAGCUCAUGUCGCAGAAUCUAAAGCACCAGAACCUGAUCUGGGUGGUUCCAUGCGUUGGGGAUAUUGAAUACCCUCAGGACACGCCAACAGAACCAUUUGUAGUGAAUGUCUUGGACACGCCUUACUUGAUAAACGUGCAGUACCAUGUCGUGGAUAAUAUCACCUAUGUCCUGCUUGAUGCUCCGGUCUUCAGGAAUCAGACCAAGGCAGAGCCGUAUCCUCCUCGUAUGGAUGAUCUGGACAGCGCAAUCUACUACUCGGCCUGGAACCAGUGUAUCGCAGAGGCCAUCAGGCGCUCGCCUUCGAUUGACCUGUACCAUAUCAACGAUUUCCACGGCUGUCUGGCACCUCUUUACCUGCUACCGGAACGCACUAUCCCGGUUUGCCUGUCAUUGCACAACGCCGAGUUCCAAGGUCUCUGGGCGCUGAGGACUCAGCAGGAGAAAAAGGAAGUCUGUUCUGUCUUCAAUCUUCCGGUCGAAACAGCAACCAAAUACUGUCAAUUUGGCAACGUAUUCAACCUUCUCCACGCCGGUGCCAGCUAUCUGCGGUGGCACCAACGCGGCUUUGGAGCAGUGGGUGUCUCUGACAAGUAUGGACAGCGGUCGUGGGCCCGAUAUCCAAUUUUCUGGAGUUUGGGCAAGAUUGGAAGCCUGCCAAACCCAGAUCCAUCCGAUACAGCAGCUGUGGGCAACAACUCAGACGUGGAAGUCGCUGUUCAAUCUCAUGACGAAUCCGUCCAUGACAAGCUGCAGGCCCAACGAUGGGCUGGUCUGAACGAGGAUCCCAACGCAGACUUGCUGGUCUUUGUCGGCCGCUGGUCGAAACAGAAGGGCGUCGAUUUAAUUGCCGACGUGAUACCAGCAGUCUUGUCUUCGAGGCCUCAGGUGCAGUUGAUAUGCAUUGGGCCUAUUAUUGACCUUUACGGUAGACUCGCUGCUAUAAAACUGCAACGAAUCAUGGAGAUGUUCCCUGGUCGUGUGUACUCUAAGCCAGAGUUUACAGUGCUCCCCCCGUAUAUAUUUUCCGGAGCUGAUUUCGCCUUGAUCCCCUCGCGAGACGAACCAUUUGGAUUGAUAGCAGUUGAAUUCGGGCGCAAGGGCGCACUCGGAAUUGGGUCUCGCAUUGGAGGACUGGGCCAGAUGCCUGGCUGGUGGUAUACUGUCGAGUCGGACUCGGUGCGCCAUCUCAUGCACCAGCUGAGGACCGCUAUUAAAUCGGCAUUGGACUCUUCCCAGAGCACCAGGGCAGAGAUGCGUGCAAACUCGGCCAAGCAGCGCUUCCCUGUCCUCGACUGGGUCCAGAAGCUGGAAACGUUACAGCGCACAUCGAUCCAGAUCCAUCACACAAAGAACCAGGAAACGGUAACCGGGCCACGACCAGAGUCUCAGGGCGACUGGGACAUGCAGGGCUUGCGGCAAUCAUCAAUGAUGCGUCCCAUGUCCCUCCAGCCCAAUUCAGAGGGCCUGCGUACGCCGCCGAUGAGGUCACCAAUGCCCUCGCUUCUUGAUCUACAGGCUGCCGAAGCUCAGGCAAUGCAGGCAUCUGAAGCUCAAGCAGCCCAGGCAGCCCAAGGCAACAGGAACAGCAGCAUGCUAGGACGUAAACUAUCACUCGGUCAGCGGACUGGACCAGGACAAGACGGCCGAAGGCGUCUCCGCAAGAAAUCUCUCACCAGCAGCCAGACCUUCGAACAGCGGGCCGAGGGUGACACCACUGACGCUGAGGAAGAUGCUACUGGCACAGCGCAGGAGAACUAUAUCUCUCAUGAGGAAGCCAUGACAGCAGUUACUACAUCUCUCAGACCCCCCGGUCAGACUACGCCUGACGACGCCAGCAUAACAAGCGUUGACUCGCCCCGAAGGACGCUGGAGCUUGGGAGCAACCCCGUCUUUGGCCGACAAAACGUAUCUACCCUCUCUUUGCCCUCUGUUGUCGCGGACCAUGACCAGCCUGUGUUCGAGCUGCAAAAGGUCGACCCGACGUUUACUGACAGCAUGGGCCACUUCACUCGGCGCUUCGAACAGCUACUCACCAACCUGAACAAAAAGAACUCGGGCACGGAUUACUGCAUCGAAGUAUAUCUCAUGAAGAGCGAGCGCAAGUUUUUCGACAUGUACACCGAUGCGCAGUUGAAGAAGCAACCAAAAGAACGCCCUCUGUCUAGCCCAGGUCUGGACCAUGCCUACAACCCUGUAUCUCAGGGCGCCGAAGAACAGGACUCGGACGGUACGGAUGACAUCGAUCAAUGGCUUGCCCGGUUAGGGUAUAAAAGACCCAUGGCAAUCCAGAGAUUCAUGAGAUGGCGCAUCGGGAACUGGCCUGUGUACGCCCUCUUCCUGGGUCUCGGCCAGAUCAUUGCAACCAACUCGUCCCAGGUAACCCUGUUGGUUGGCCAGGUGGGUGAGGCUGCCGUCAAGCUGUACGUUAUAGCGGCGAUCUACUGCCUCUCUUCCAUUGCUUGGUGGUUUGUGUUUUAUCGUUUUCCGUCGGUGGUGGUCCUGAGCGUUCCCUGGUUCAUAUACUCGCUCGCAUUCAUCGUCCUGGGUGUAUCACCGUUUGGUACUUCGUCUGUGGGCCGUGCAUGGGCACAGAAUAUUGCAGCAGGCGUCUAUUCUGCUGCAUCUUCCAGCGGCUCCUUGUUCUUUGCGCUCAACUUCGGCGACCAGGGGGCUGUCCCCGUGAAGGACUGGGUGUUCCGGGCCAGUCUGAUCCAGGGUCUCUCUCAACUGUACACUGUAGCACUGUGGUUCUGGAGCUCCAGGGUUACGAAAGUGGAAGUUGGUGGAGUUUCUACAGCUGCGCUGAGUUCGUGGAGGCUCACAGCUGUGGUUAUGCCCAUCGCCUUCGUCUGCUUUGUUAUCGGCGCGCUUCUUGCUCUGGGCCUGCCCAAGUACUACCGUCAAGCCCCCGGAAAGAUUCUCUUUUUCUAUACUUCCCUCCUCCGCCGGCGUAUUGUCCUUUGGUUCUUUUUCAUGGUCAUUAUCCAGAACUGGUUCCUCGCCGCCGCAGUUGGGCGCAACUGGACUUUCCUCUGGUCCUCCCAGCAUGCGAAGACAUGGCAAGUGGCGGUCCUCAUCGUGGUAUUCUUCGUUGUCCUCUGGAUUGUCUUGAUGCUUCUAUUCCGCUUCCUGGCCAAGGAGCACAGCUGGAUUCUGCCCGUCUUUGGCCUAAGCGUCGGUGCUCCUCGCUGGGCGCAGACCUGGUGGGGGACGUCAAAUAUCGGCCAUUAUCUCCCAUGGGCUGGCGGUCUCACGUCGGGGGCCAUCGCAUCUCGAUGUCUGUGGUUAUGGCUUGGACUUCUCGACGAAAUCCAGCAAGUCGGACUCGGAAUGAUACUCCUGCAGACCCUGACAAGAGUCCAUGUCUGCUUCGUCCUCAUCGCCGCGCAGGCCCUUGGGUCUAUCGCAACAAUCUGUGCACGCGGAUUUGCACCCAAUAACCUGGGACCAGCAGGUAUCUCUCCGAAUGUUGGCACUUCAGUGGACAAGGUUGGUAAUGCAUGGUUCUGGAUUUCUCUCUUCUUCCAGCUCCUGGCAAGCUUUGGCUUCCUUCUCUUCUAUCGUCGCGAACAGUUGAAUCGGCCUUAG